AUAUUUCCCACACAUUUUCUCAUUUCUCUUCCAGACUUGUGAUAAAAAGGAAUCGAUUAAAAAUGCGGCUUGAAACGAGUGACAGCUUAUUCGUGCAGCCACAAAAAACCCCUUUUCCCUCUCUCUCAUCUGCCCCUAAAAAACCUCAAAUUCAAGCAGCUGUCUUUCUCCCUCGUUGUGUUUUAGCGGUUUUUCUUUUUAGUCAGGCGACUUUUCUUUUUGGAACCCUUUUUUUACUUUUUUGUUUUUCUUCUCCAGAUGCUAAAUUAAUGGAAAAAGCUUGGCAAUGA